GUUGGGAGCCUAGCUGCCAGAGGGGUUUUAAACUCGACAGUAACGAUAACGCAUAUUGUUUUAGUCUACAUAUAUAUAUAUAUAUAUAUAUAUAUAUCCCUCUGAGGAGUUAAUCCCAACGGCGACAUCUGCCGCGUCAAAUAACAUCUUUACGCAACGCUUCCUGGCUCCUGUCAAUGUCGCCUAGUGCAGCAGGGAUCAGAGUCUCUCUGUGCAAUUCAUAUUUGAAGGCGAAACUUUAGCCUGUUCCGGUUACUGAACGUUUGAAGACAUCUGGAACGUAGAGUUGAAAUAAUCCCAUUGGAACGUAAAGCUACGCCGAAGUCGCGUCGUUCUGAGCGGUUUUCGAUUCGAACUGAAACGCUUUGGGGGGAAAAAAAACUAUUGUGUUCUGCGUGGACGUUUGUUCCUGUCUCGCCCCAUUCCGCCUAAUCGCAGCAGAUGGAGGGUUGCUGAGAGCCGGGGAGUGAGAUCAGCAUCUUUUCACUUGUCGAGGCAGCAUCCGAACAGCUGCAGCCGCUCGCUCCCUCUCUCCAGAUCACUCUCUCCCGUACGCAGGAAAGAACGGAACGGAACACUAUUUUACAGCAAAGGACCUUGCCUUAUCCGGUAGAUUCAACUAAUUUUAUGAUUUGCAACCUAGACUUAAAUUCUAUUUGCUCUCGGUUGUAACCUCGAUGAUGGUCUUGCUAUCGGCGCCAAGGGGAGAUGUAAACAGAUUCGUUGGAGGUGGUUUGUAGCCGUAGCAGCGCUGUGCGGACUGACAAAGCGACAGACCGACAGAGCGAGGAGAGGAGAGCAGAGGAGCUGUCCAUAGGCUGGUGGUGCUGAUGCGGCGGCUCUGAGUAAAGCAGAGAAACCGAGCAUGGCUGCAGGGAAGCUACUGCUCUACGCCGGCCUGUCCCUCUCUCUGUGCGCCCUAGGAAUGCUAGCAGUGGCGAUCUGUUCCGACCACUGGUACGAGACUGACGCGCGGAGGUAUCGGGAGCGCUGUCGGAGCUUCUCCAGCCGUAAGAACCCAGGCUUUAUCUACAUCCCCAACAACAGCCUCCCUCUGCGGGCUAGCCGCUCCAGACUGGACCGCUGGGAGGACAAGCUGCUCCUAUCCCGGAACAGAAGGCAGCUGUUCGCUAUGUCCGCUGCGGACGAGUGUAGCAGGCAGUACAACUCCACCAACAUGGGACUGUGGAGCAAAUGCCACCGACUGGGCUUCGACCAGGACACAGAAGACCUCAUUCGCAAAGGUUCCAUUGCCAGAUGUUCCUACAUCAAAUACCACUACUCUUCAGCAACGAUACCCAAGAACCUCUCGUAUAAUAUCACAAAGACCAUACGACAGGAUGAGUGGCACUCUUUGC